AUGUCUUCAUCAUUAAGAAACAUAUCCAUAAAAAGUGUGCUGAAUAAAAAAAAAACAAAAAUAAAAAAAGAGAGUUGUAUCGAAAAUGACCAUAUAAAUGCUAUCGAUGGUUGUGAUACAAACUCAUAUCGUAAUGAACCCAACGUGUUUUCAAAAAUAGAAAAAAAAACAAAUACCGAAAACCUUAAUAAUAGUGAUUAUCAAAGGAACUGUUAUAAUCUUGAGCCCAUAAAAAAUGUAACAGAAAAACAUGAACUAAGAAAUAAGAACAGGAAUACUACUAAAGCGUGUUUAAUUAAUAAGGGCGAUGAAAAUAAUAUUUAUAACGUUAAAAAAUCUAAAAGAAAAAAAAAAAUGUCUUUACCAAUGAACUCAAAAGUUGCUAGUAUGAAUAAAAAUACAAAAAAAAGUGUAGAGAAUAUAGCGUUAAAUUUUAUUGAUACCAAUGUAAAUGAUGAUGAAAGAGCUAGCGAUUUUAUUACUAAUUCAAUUAAUGAAAAAGUGAAAUUACAAGGAUAUGAUUUUUAUAAAAAUAAAAAAUCAGUAAUUAUGAACAAAUCCCAAAAUGCAAAUAUCUUUAAAAAAACAAAAAGUAUUAAACUUUUAUUUAAAGGAAAAAAUAUAAAAGAAAUUUUAAAUAAAAAAAAAAAUAAAAAAAUUGCGAAGUAUGAUCAACAAAAAAAAAACAAAUGUUGUAAUCUGAAUAUCGACAAAACAAAAUCGAAUUCGAAUCAUUCGGAGAAUUUGUGUAAUGAAGAAAACAACAGUUUAUGUAUUAAAAAUUUUGAUAAUAUAUAUGAUGAAAUAAAUGAUAAUAGUUAUUAUAGUAAAAAUAAUUUAGACAAUAAGGAGAAUGGAAAUACAUAUACAAAUGAUCGUUGUAAUAUGGAUACUGAAAAAGAUUGUAUUUAUCCCAUGUAUCAUAAAAACAAUAUAAUUGAUAAUAUAAAAUAUUUUGAAGAAUAUAACAAAGAUAGUUUACUGAAAAAUGGAGAUAUUAAAAAUAGUGAUCAUGCAGCAUUUUUAAAAGAAAAAAUAAACGAUGAUAAACAAAAUAUAUUUGAAAUACAUUCUAGUUCAGAAUAUAUUCAAGAAAAAAAAAAUUAUGAUAACUAUUUAAGUACUAAUUGUAAAUCUAUUGAUGCGAAUGAAAAUAAAAUAUAUAAUAAAUGUUCAGAAUAUAAUGACAUGUAUACGAAUGAACAAAGCGAUGAAUAUAGAGAUGGAUAUAUUACAUAUAAAACGUAUGUUUUACGAAAUGAGUUAGGAAAUACCAAUAAUAUAUUAUGUGGAAAUGGUGAGUAUUUAUCUGUUAACGACUAUGGCUGCAAUAAUAAUGAAGAAAAGGAAGAAGAAGACGAUAUUGUAAACUCUGAUAUACAAGAUCGUUCAUAUGUAAACGAAAUUGAAUAUGAAACUUUUCAACAUAAUGAGAUUGAUGAAAUGAAUAUGUCGAAAAAUAUCAGCUCUGUGGAUAAGAACCAAAGUUUAGAUGAGGAUAACAAAAAUCACGAAAGUUCGUUCACCAGUUUUAAUGAUUUAACAGAUGGGUCAAUUUCUAGUAUAUCUGAUUCAUUCAGCUUGAAACGGUUACCCAAAAUUCCGAAAAAUAUAAAUUUAAUAGAUAGUAAUGAAGAUAUAACAAAACUAGAUGAAGAGGAUUUAUGUUCCUCUUCUUUGAAUAUUAAUCUAAAAGGAUGGAAAAAAAAAGAAAAAAAGGGAAAAAGAAAAAGAGAAGUAAAAAAAAAUGGUGUUUCUAAAGUUUAUGAAAAUGAUAAAACUUGUUAUUAUUCAACUACAGUUUCAAAUAACAAAUUAAAUAUAAGCCACGAAAUAUAUGAAGAUAAUAAUAUUGUUAGUGUAUCCGAAGAACAUAGUAGUUCAUAUCUUGAGAACGAUUAUGAUAUGAAUAGUAAUAUUAGUUGGGAAGGUAAAAUAAAAGAUGAAUAUGAAUCCAUUGUCGAUAAAAAUAUAAUCAGAUGUAAACAAAAUGCUGAUAAUCUCAAAUCAGUUAAUAAAUAUUUGAACAAUGAUUCAGGUUUUGAAUCUAAUUUUUUGACUAAAAUAAAAAAAAAAAUGAAUAAAUAUGAUUUAUCAAAAUCUGAUAAUUAUUUUAUAGACAAUAUAAAUGAUGAAAAAAAAAAUGUUGAAAAAUUUUAUUUUGCAAAUUCUGAACAUAGCUAUAGUAAUAAUUCUUCACUUAAUUUGAAUAUACGUAUAGAAGAUUCAAAUGGAAAAAAAAGUAACAUUUGUAAAAAUGGGAAUAACAAUGAUGAUACUCAUUAUAGUGACGAAAAUAAUUUUUUAACAAGUAAUUCAUUAAACAUGCAAAAUUAUGAUCACAGUUCUGCAAUAAACAUUGAAAAUAUCGGCGAUUUAAAAGAAUCGCAGGAAAAUAUCGAAAUAGAAAAUGAAGAUAAAAAAUUAAUUUAUCAUAGUAACAAUAAUGGUGAUUGUAUUAGUCAGGAUAAUAAUACAAUGAACUUGUCGUUACUUGAAAUGGGUGAAUUUGCUCGAAGGGACCAGGAAAUAGGUCCCAUUCAAUGUGAUGAAGCAUCUAAUAAUGAAUCGGAGCAAGAAUAUGACAAUUGCAUUAGAAUAAAUAAUUAUAGUGUCGAUAAAAAUGAAAAACAUGAAAAUAGUGAUGCCGGUAAAAAUGAAAAACAUGAAAAUAGUGAUUCCGAUAAAAAUGAAUAUUUAGUAACACCUCGUUUUUAUAGUAGCAAUGUUUUUUCAAAUGCAGACAAAGCUUUUUAUGGGGAUUCUGAAACGGUGCUGUAUCGAGACGAUAUUAUAGUGCACUAUCGUAAUGUCGAUAACAAUCCUAGUGCUGAACUAUUUUAUUCUUCUUCAUCCUUAAGCAGUCAUAAUAGUCUUGAACAAAGUCAAAUAAAAAUGCAUGAGAAUAAAAUAUUAAAAAAUAAUAAUGAUGAAGAAAUUAAAAUUAAGUGCUUUUCAAAUGAACACGAAGAUACAAUAAACGAAAAAAGCGAUACAAAUUUUGAAAAUGAAAAUAAUAACUAUAAAAUUGAGGAUCGUAUGAAAAUUUCAGAAUCGGUUAACUUAGGAAAUUAUGUUGAAUAUGCUCAAAAUGACGAUACUGAAUUCGAAAAAAAUGAGAUAGUUGACAAAGACGGAAAUAAGAAUAACUCUGAUCAAACAAAAUACAAAAAUUAUUCUAAAAAAGAAGUAAAACCAGAAACAGGAUAUAAAAUAAACGAUAAUUAUAGUACCAUGGUGGAUUCGAGUUUUCUUAUUGAAGAUGAAAAAGAUGGAAAAUUGGAAAAUAGUUCGUUAAACGAUGACCGCAAAAAAAAAAAAAAAACCAUAUUCAAAGGGAACAUAUUGCAAAGUAUUAAAAAAUUUAUGGGAAAGAGAGGCGCACCUUCCCCCAAGAAAAUUACUCAGCGUGAAGAAGCAGAAAAUGAAGAAAAAAUAAAUGUUGAGGCAGAACCAGAAAAGGAAGAAGAAAUAAAUGUUGAGACAGAACCAGAACACGAAGAAGAAAUAAAUGUUGAGGCAGAACCAGAGCAUGAAGAAGAAAUAGAUGCUGAGGCAGAACCAGAGCAUGAAGAAGAAAUAGAUGCUGAGGCAGAACCAGAAAAGGAAGAAGAAAUAAAUGUUGAGACAGAACCAGAACACGAAGAAGAAAUAAAUGUUGAGGCAGAACCAGAGCAUGAAGAAGAAAUAGAUGCUGAGGCAGAACCAGAGCAUGAAGAAGAAAUAGAUGCUGAGGCAGAACCAGAAAAGGAAGAAGAAAUAAAUGUUGAGACAGAACCAGAACACGAAGAAGAAAUAAAUGUUGAGGCAGAACCAGAGCAUGAAGAAGAAAUAGAUGCUGAGGCAGAACCAGAGCAUGAAGAAGAAAUAGAUGCUGAGGCAGAACCAGAGCAUGAAGAAGAAAUAAAUGUUGAGGCAGAACCAGAAAAAAAUGAAAAAGAGUAUGACAAUAAUAAUGAUAAAACUGAUAGCAAUCGGUAUGAACAAACCGAGCAAGAUAUUUCAUUGGAUACGGGCAAAUUAGAAUAUAAACAGUUUUCUGUUUCUAAUAAAAAUACAGAAAUGUUAAAUAUUAAUAAAAAUGUAUUCGGUCAAAACAUAAAAUAUUGUAAGAGAAUUAAAUCGAUGGAAUAUAAUUCAUCAUUAUACAUAAAUAAAGACUGUGAAAAAAAACAUGCAUAUUCGGAUGAUGAAAAUAUAAAAAUAAAUAAUAAAUUAAGGAGACAGAAAACUGAACAGCAUAAUAAAAAUUUUAUUAAAAUAGAUGAAACGUAUGAUAAGGGAUGUGAUUUAAAAUAUGGGGAUAAAGAAACAAAAAAUAAAAACGAAAAUGAUCACAAUAAAGAACUUAAAUAUAAUUCUAAUGAUGAUUCGUCAGUUUGUAGUGAAUUUAAUAAUAAAAAAUAUAUAAGCAAAAUAAAAAGCCUUCUACAUGGACUUAUGGAAAAGAAGACAAUUUCUAAAAAUACAAAUAUCAGUGUUGAAGAGGAGAUCAUAGAUGUAGUACCUUCUGCGAAAAUAAUAGAACCUAAAAUAGUAGAGGAGGAUUCAAUAGGAAUAAACAUAAUAGAAGCAGAAGAAAACGCAUUUACUUCAAUUCCUAUUUGUACUAAUACCAAGAUCGAUGAAGAAAAUGAAAGAAUAAAAGAUUCCAAACUAUUUCAAGAUGAUAAAGAAGAGGGGGGGGGAAAUAUUCCUUCGAACAUAAUCGAUGAAAUAAAUCUGAUUAAAAUUAACAAUGACCAGUUAACAAAAGAAAAUGAUUCUUUGAAAACAAAUUAUUAUAAUUUAACAAAUCUAAUAGAUGCUAUUAAGAAAGAAAAAUCGAAAUGUGAAUUCGAAAACGACUCGUUAAAAGAACAAAACACUGAGCUUAGAAGUGACAAUGAUUCGUUAAGAAGUGAUAAUGAGACGCUUAGAAGUGGCAAUGAUUCGUUAAGAAGUGAUAAUGAGAUGCUAAAAAGUGACAAUGAUUCAUUAAGAAAUGAUAAUGAGACGCUUAGAAGUGACAAUGAUUCAUUAAGAAGUGAUAAUGAUUCAUUAAGAAAUGACAAUGAUUCAUUAAGAAAUGAUAAUGAGAUGCUAAAAAAUGACAAUGAUUCAUUAAGAAAUGAUAAUGAGAUGCUAAAAAAUGACAAUGAUUCAUUAAGAAGUGAUAAUGAUUCAUUAAGAAAUGACAAUGAUUCAUUAAGAAAUGAUAAUGAGAUGCUAAAAAAUGACAAUGAUUCAUUAAGAAAUGAUAAUGAGAUGCUAAAAAAUGACAAUGAUUCAUUAAGAAGUGAUAAUGAUUCAUUAAGAAAUGACAAUGAUUCAUUAAGAAAUGAUAAUGAGAUGCUAAAAAAUGACAAUGAUUCAUUAAGAAAUGAUAAUGAGAUGCUAAAAAAUGACAAUGAUUCAUUAAGAAAUGAUAAUGAGAUGCUAAAAAAUGACAAUGAUUCAUUAAGAAGUGAUAAUGAUUCAUUAAGAAAUGACAAUGAUUCAUUAAGAAAUGAUAAUGAGAUGCUAAAAAGUGAUAAUGAUUCAUUAAGAAAUGAUAAUGAGAUGCUAAAAAGUGAUAAUGAUUCAUUAAGAAAUGAUAAUGAGAUGUUAAAAAGUGACAAUGAUUCAUUAAGAAAUGGUAAUGAGACGCUUAGAAGUGACAAUGAUUCGCUAAGAAGUGAUAAUGAGAUGCUAAAAAGUGACAAUGAUUCAUUAAGAAAUGGUAAUGAGACGCUUAGAAGUGACAAUGAUUCAUUAAGAAAUGGUAAUGAGACGCUUAGAAGUGACAAUGAUUCGUUAAGAAAUGAUAAUGAGAUGCUAAAAAGUGGCAAUGAUUCAUUAAGAAAUGGUAAUGAAAUUCUAAAAAUUGAAAAUAAGACAAUAAAAGAGCAAAAUGAGGAACUAACCCAGAAAGUGGAAGAGUUGUGCAAACAGAAUGAAGAAUGGGAAAAUAAAAUUUCCAAACUUAUAGAAGAGAAUGAACAGAUAAAAAAGGAUAUGGAAAAAAGUAAGACCAAAAAAGAAUACGAAAUAUUAUUAGAAGAAACAAAUAGUUUGAAAACUGAAAAUAUUAACAAUAUAUUAAAAAUAAAAUUAUUAAAAGACGAAAUAAUCAAAUUUAAUAAUAGCAGAACAGAGUUAGAAAUCGAAUUGGAAAACAACAAAACAAAUAUAAUGCAAAAAAAUGAAGAUAUUAAUAAUAAAAAUAUAUUAAUCGACGAAUUGGUUAGUGAAAAAAAACUUUUAGAAGAAAAAAUACUCAUUUAUAAUGCAAAAAUUAAAGAGAUCGAAUCUAAGAAUAUCGAAAACAAUAAUUUGAAAAUAGAAAUAAGUGAAAUUAAAACCAAUGAAAAUAAAUUGAGAGAAGAGAUAAAAAAAUAUAUUAACAUGGCUGAGGUUGAUAAGCAAAGAAUAAAUAAUCUAAUGAAAGAAGUAGGUAUUUAUAGAACCGAUUUAGAAUCUAGAAGUUUAGAAGUAAAAAAAUACCAAGAUGAAGAAAAAGUUCAUGAAGAAGAAUCUGAUAAAAUAAAGAAAGAAUUAGAUGCAUACAGACAUGAAAUAGAAAAAAUACGAGUCGAAUAUAAUAAAAUCGAUGAAGAAAAUAAUAAAUAUAAAAAUGAAAUAAAUUUAUUACGAAAGGAUAAUGAUGAAUUAAAAAAUAAAGUAGCAUAUUUUGAUGUAAAAGAAGAUGAAUUUUGCACGAAAGAAAAAAUAAACAAAGAAUGUGAAUUAACAAAAUUUGAUAAUGUAAAAAAAGAAAACGAGUUAAUACAUAGCAAAUAUGAAAGGAAUGUAUUCGAUAAAGAUAACAAUAGUGAGGACACAGAUGCAUCUAUAAUAAAUAAUAAAGAAAGUAAAAAAAAUAAGCUUUAUGAUUUUUUUAAAAGUAUAGCAAUAAACAAAUCAUCUCCAAGAGAGCAUUUAGUGAAUUUAUUUGGAAAAAAAAAAAUAGAAAUUUUAAAUGAUAAAGAAGUUGAAAUUCAAGAAAAAUUAGAUUAUACAAAUUAUGGGAAAAUAUGUGAAGAAAUUGACGAACUAGAUCUUGAAAAAUUACAAAUUGCACACAAACAGCUGAUAAAGGAAUAUAUAUUUUUAGAAUAUUUUUUUAAAGAAUAUAAAAAUGAUAAAGAAAAAUGGGACAUAAAAAAUAAAUCGAACGAGAAUGAAGAAAUAACAAAAGUUUAUAAUAUUAUAAAUAAAUUGAAUUCAGAAAAAAAAAGGGAAGUAUUUCAAUACCUCGAACAAUUAUGCAGAUCAUUAUCUUCAUCUGAAACUUGCAAAGAUGAUGACAAAAAAAACAAAGUUAAUAAUUUUGAAAAUAAAUUUGAAGAAAUAGAAUGGUUAAACAUGAUAAAAAAAUUAUUUGUAAAAUUAGACACAAAUGAAAACGACACAAUUUUAGAUAAAAUUUUUAAAAAGACAAACGAAAUUAUAAAAAAUGUUAAAAUAAUAAGAAAUGAUUUAUCGAAUAUAAAUAGUAGCAAUGAUAACAAUGAUAAUUAUAUGAAUACACAAAUAGAUUGUUUUAAAAUAAUUGCACAUCUAAAUACCAUAUUUGGAGAUAUUUUAUUUAUUAAUUCAAAUAUAACACUGAUUCAGCAAACUAUAAAAGAAAAAAAUAAAUUUAUGGACGAUUCAAAAUUAGAUGUAUUUAAAAAUAUAGACGCUGAUAAUGACAAAGAAAAAGAUACAGCAUUUAAUCAAAUGGAAAAUGAAACAAAUAAAAAAAGUGAAGAAAUAAACUUCGUAAAAGGAAUACAUACAUCUAUUUUGAAUGAUCUCUUAAAUGAGGAAUGUAAUAAAAAUAACACAGAAAAUAUAAAAGACGAUGAAGAAAAUUAUUUUGAAUGGGAAAAAAAUUUGAUAACUUUCUUUGAAUUAUGUUUUUGUAGUGAUUUGUUCAUAAUUUUAUGUCAUUUAUGUAAAGGAAUAAAUGAAAUAAAUUCCUAUGUAAAGAAAAAUGAAGAUGAUAAAUUAGAAAGAAGCAUUUUUUAUUUUAUGAAAUCCCUUGAUGAUAUAAAUAAUUUUUAUAAAUCAGAUAAUGUUAAUACAUAUUUUUUAGAAUCAUAUGUUGAUUUAUUUCAGUUGAUAAAACAUUAUAUAAUAAAGGUUGAACAUAUAAUAAAAUCUGAAAAAAAAAAUAAAACUUUCGAAAUAGUUUAUGAAAUUUAUAAUAUUAAAAAAAUAAUUAGAUUUAUUUUGUUGUCUUUUUUUAAGUUUCAUAAUAUAAAUACCUUAUUUGAAAUUCAACCACCUUUAUCUCAUAGUAGCAUUACUACAGUAAGUGAAAUAAACCAAGAAAAUCACAAAACUGUGAAUGAUACAAAAAAAAAAAUAGACUUAAUAAAUUCGAGUUAUAUAGAUGAAAAUGAAAAUGACACACUCGAAAAAAGUAGCAAAGAAGAAAAUAUAUUAAAUGAAAAAUUUUAUAAAGAUGAAGAUAGUAUAGAAAAAAACUAUUGGGAAAGCUUAUUGCAUAGUCAAUCCUAUACUACACAUAUGAAAAACAACAUAUUUAAUACAUGUCAAAACAAUAGUAAAAAUAUAGAUAUAUCAAACAUAGAAGUGAGAAAAUAUGAAUCAUCACAAAAUAAAAACGAAGACAAUUAUUACUGGAAUGAAUAUUGCCCAACCUUUAGAAAAGAAAAGAAUUAUAUGAAUAAAAUUGCCAGAAAAAAUACAGAAAAUGUACUAACUCAAUUAAAUAAAAUAACAAAUCAAAUUAUCCACUAUAAUUAUAAUUCACAUAUUAUUCCAGCAUUAAUAGCUAAUUAUAUUGAUGAAUCAAUUAUUUUAGAAAAGAAAGAAUAUGAAAAAGAAUUUUCAUAUAGAAGAAAAAAUUUAUAUGAGGAAAAUAAUACUAGUUUCCAUAUUUUAAUAAAAAAAAAAAUUUUAGAAAAUAUAAAACUUAACACUAUAAUAAUUAAUAGUACAGAUUUUAUAGAAUGUAUAAAAGAAGAUAUUAUAAAAGAAAAAUUAAAUAAAAAUAUUUUUUUUAAAAAAAAUUUUUAUAUAAAUAUAGACAUAAUUCAUAAACAUUUAUGUAUUAUGUUUAGAUUAAACAUAGGAAUAGAUUACGAUUAUUUUUAUGAUAAGUUUAUUUCCUUUUUAAAUAAAAUCAUUUCGAAAAAUAUUAGCACAAUUGACAAUGAUACUCCACAAAUAAGUAUCACCAAUCUUCCUAAGGAAUUGAAUUAUGACGAUUCUUAUUUUAGUCAAAAUAAUUUAAAUCCACAAAAUGAUAACAUCUCCCCCCAAAAAAAUGACGAGACAACCAUUAUGAGUUAUCCACUACUUGAGAUUGACAAUAUGUUUAUGGGAAUAUUAUUUAGUAUGUGGCAAAAAAUGGAAAUAAAUUUUUUUGAAAAAAUAUACAACGAUCAUAUUAACUAUUCUUCUAAUAAAAUUUUAGAAUCCGAAGAAAUAUCAAAAAAAAAAAAUUCUGACACUACUUCAACUGUAAACAACCAUAAGGAACAAAACAAACCGAAAUGUCAUCUUGAUAUAGGUACACAAAAUGAUGAUAAUAAAAUAAAUGAAGAAAAUGAAAAUUUGAUAAAAUCAAACACAUUUUUAAGCAAAUAUAAAAUAUCAAAUGAAUUAAGAAAGCACGAUUAUUCCAUAGAAGCGUAUAUAAAAUUAAUGGUUCUAGAUGUGUUUAAAUGUACUGAUGAAAAAAAAGAAAUAAGUAUAGAAGAUUUUAUUAUUCUUUUUAAAAAACUCAAAAUAAAUAUUAAAAUAGAUGAUAUUCAAACUAUUUGGGGUAUUAUAAUUGGGUGUAAAAAUAUGAAUAUAGCAAUGAAAGAAAAAAUAUCGAUUGAAUCAUUUAUUAAAAAGGCAUAUACUACUAAUCCUUCCUUAAUAUUCUAUGAGUAUUGUAAAACAAAAGUGAAACUCAAAGAAGCGAAGAAAAAUAUCAAACUACUUCAAGUUUAUAACAAAAAAAUGCUUCUCUUAUUAAAAAAAUGA